AUGAAGUUUGAGAACGUGCUGGCAGAGGUGGACGGCUUUGGCAGGUUCCAGCUGAGGACGAUUCUCUUGAUGGUGAUUCCUCGGAUGACUCUGCCUUUUCACUUCCUGCUGAAUAAUUUCAUCGCGGUUAUUCCCUCUCACCGCUGUGACGUCAGCUCUCUGGACGACGGAGGACUUUUUGGGAAUUUGUCCCAGGCAGAGAGGCUUAUCGUUAGCAUUCCGGCGCAGGAGGACGGGACUCCGAACUCCUGCCAGAUGUUUGCGGAGCCUCAGUAUCACCUGCUGCUCAACUUGUCCAACAUCACCGGCCGACCCACAGUGCCGUGUCAGAACGGGUGGGUGUACGAUAACACUACCUUCAAGUCCACUCUGGCCACAGAGUGGGAUCUGGUUUGUGAUAACAGAAGAGUGAACAGAGCCACGGCCACGAUCUUCUUCGUGGGGGUGAUGCUCGGAGCAGCAGUGUUUGGUUACCUUAGCGACAGGUUUGGCAGGAAGAGAGCGCUCCUGGCGUCCUACGUGACCGCCUCCGUCUUCGGAUUUUCAAGCGCUUUCUCAUAUAAUUUCACCAUGUUUGCCAUAACGAGGUUCUUCACUGGAGUCGGGAUGUCUGGAAUAAGUAUAAUCACCAUCGUCCUGGGUAUUGAAUGGUUGGACAUUAAGCAUCGCACUUCAGUGGGCGUUUUCAUCAGCAUGGACUGGAGUGUCUCUGCUGCCCUGCUGCCUGUCGUAGCCUAUUUUGUGAAUGACUGGAGGCACCUGACGGCCACAGUCACCACGCCUCUGUUCCUGGCCAUCAUCACUUGGAGGUGGCUCCCUGAGUCAGCCAGGUGGCUGAUCAGCAACGGAAAGGUGAAGAGAGCUCACUUUUACCUGAGCAAGUGUGCAAAAGUCAACGGCAGAGAGCAGUUCAUGGCUGACCUGAAGCCCGAGGUUCUGUCCAAAGUGAUUCUUGUAGAAAAUGAAGACAGGAAAUAUUCCUACCUCGACCUCAUGAGGACCCCCAGAAUGAGGAGACUGGCUUUUUUUACUGGCUUUGUGUGGUUCGGAGUGGCCUGUAUGUAUUACGGAAUCAGCUUGAAUGUAACAGACUUCGGUGUGAACAUUUAUCUCACGCAGUUCAUCUACGGGGCGAUUGAAAUUCCAGCCAAAGCCUUCAUGAUGGUGGCUUUAAACAAGUUCGGCCGCAGGCUGAGUCAGGCUGGAACUCUCGCUCUGGCUGGACUCUGCAUACUGUGCAACAUAUUUAUCCCUCCAGAUCUGGGGCCGCUCCGGACAGCCGUGGGGGCUCUGGGCAAAAUGUUUGCAGAGUCGGCUUUUACAACUCUGUUUCUGUACACAACUGAGCUUUACCCCACAGUCAUGAGGCAGAACGGAUUGGGUUGGUGCUCCUUGGUUGGUCGUAUAGGCGUGUCGAUGUCCCCGCUCAUCAUGCUUCUCGAGGAAGUGUGGGGCCACUUCCCGAGUGCUGUUUUCGCCCUGGUGGCUCUCACUGCAGGGCUGACAGCUUCUUUUCUUCCAGAGACACGAAACGUCCGUCUGCCGGAGACUAUUGAGGAUGUGGAACAGACAAGGAGAAGAUCGAUCUCCACAUCUGAGGAGAAAUCUCCCACAUAA